AUGGGCGCGGCCUCGUCUCCGUCGGCGUCGCCCUCUGGGGGUCGCGCCUCUUGUGUCUCCUUGUCUCCUGAGGACUCUGCAUGUCCAUCCCGCCCUCGAUAUGCUCGGAAAUCGUCCCGCUGUGGUGCAUCCGGAACGCUACCUACUGCGGCUGCGGCAGCUCUCUCUUCACCUUCUGCCGGCGUCUCUUCGCGGACUGUUGUCGCGUCUUCUCAGGCUGCGCGACAGCCUUCUGCGUCACCCGCUUCCGUGACGUCUUCCAAUUCUUCCUCUUCGCCGUUUCCCUGUUCUUCCUUGUUUUCCUCUCAGUCGCAUUUUCCUCGCUCGUCUUCCUCCUUUUUAACUUUCUUGUCUCCACCCUGUGCCGUUUCUGUCGGCUGCCCGCGAGGGGCUUCUUCUUUCUCAGUUCCGUUGCCGAUUUCUUUCCUUCUGCCUUCUUGUCGUCCUGCGUUGUCGCCUUCGCAUGCUCCGUCCCAUCAGCCUUUUCACUCUUCCCUCUCCUGCGCGACCCGUCCGUCUCAUCUCUCUUCGCGGCCUCUCUGCUCCCUCUCCAGCGUGGGGCCUUCCCUGCGUCGUCGUUCCUCUUGCUCUCGACACGCGAGGCUUUUCCGCAUGCGCCCUCGCCUCUUUUCUUUCGCGGGCCUCGCACUGUCUCUCUUUGGGUUUCUGCUCGUGUGCGCCACUUCGGCGAGUGCGGACGUCGAGCAGACAAGGCAGAAUUCCGCCUUGAGUGAGGAAGCCAACAUCUGCCGCUGCCUCUGCGACCGCGCCUCUGGGGCCGAGCUCCAGGUUCUCGUGCCAGCCUCCGCGGGCUGCGGCGAGUGCACCCGGCGGCUGUGCGUGGAGACCUUCGCCGCGCUUCUUGGCCCCCCCGAGGGAGGCGAAGACGCAGCCGUUCCAGUGGACGCCGUGUCUGUGCACUGCAUUGACAGACGAGCCCCGUGGAUCCGGUGGAUCGUUCUAUCGUUUUUGGUUGUCACCGGCGCUCUGCUUCUCUUCGCGGCUGUUCAACGAGUUGCGCCGUUCAUGCUGGGAAGAGGAGGCGGGAUUUUCGGGGCGUCUCCGGUUCUGCUUCGGUCGCGGAUUGCGCGCCUGUCUCCUCCUCGACUCAACGGGGAAGCUGGUCACAGCCCCUCUUCGAAUGGCGCGGGUCACCUGCGUUCAAGUUGGACGAGGUCAGGAUAA